AUGAAACUACAGAGAAAGCAACUGGAGGGUGCAGAGAUAGGGAGAAAGGAGGAGAAGGCACAUCCUCGGUCAGAGAAAAUAACGAUAAAUACAUUUUGGGGACACGAUUUGUUUAAAAAACGACUGCUUAACCAGACAUAUUGUGUGAUUCCGAUCAAAUUGUGCAGGUGAGAAUCGAGAUUUGAAACGGUGGGUUGUCUUGGUUUAUGGUUGAAGACAGAAAAAAGGGGACACCGAAAAAUUGGAUCAACAUCAACGUAACAUGGAAUUUCCGAUGGCCCAAGAGACUAAGCCAAGCCUGACGCCUGUGCUUUGUACCACUGGCUGUGGUUUCUAUGGCAACCCCAGGAACAACGGCAUGUGCUCGGUCUGCUACAAGGAGCACCUGAACCGUCAGCAGAGUAGUACCCACGGCUUGAGCCAACUUAGCCAAAUGGGAACAGUUGGUAGUCCUACCCCUGAUGCCUCAGCCAUCCAGCGACUAGAGGCCAGUCUAGCCAAAGUAGACCCUUCAUCUGGCUCUGCUGCAGACAUGGCUAGAACUAUUCAAGGCUCUCUUCCAGUGACUCAACAAAUGACAGAGAUGAGCAUCUCAAGAGAGCAUAAAGCAGAGCCUGUUGUGACUGAGCCUACUGCUUCUAGCCCUGCCACUGGUGACGAGGCUAAGGGAGACACCCCCAAUCCCAAGAAGAAUAGGUGCUUCAUGUGCCGCAAGAGGGUGGGCCUAACAGGGUUCGAUUGUCGCUGUGGGAACCUGUUCUGUGGGGUCCAUCGGUACUCCGACAAACACAACUGCCCUUACGACUACAAGGCGGAGGCAGCUGCCAAGAUCCGCAAGGAGAACCCUGUAGUGGUCGCCGACAAGAUUCAGAGAAUAUAGGGUUAAGAACCAUCCACACAAAGACUGAAGUAUGAUUGGACCCUCGACAUGAACAUUGGCAUGAGUGGCAAAGGGAUAUCGGACUCAUUUUUAAAAUCACAACCUUGAGAAAAGUGGAAGAGACCUUGCCUGAGGGGGAGAUGCAUGAGCGAUCACUAUUUGUCUUGUUUUUUUAUUUUUAUAAUAUAUUGUUUGUUUUUCCUGUAUCUUUGCCGAUAUUCAGUUUGUCUUUUUAAAAAGAAGCCCAGGGUACCUGUCGAUGAGACUUAGUGAAUGUUGGCGAUGGAUAGAAAUGAAAUGAAUAUAGCCCCUGAGCUGUUUGGCCACUUUGUUGCCAAAUGGACAUUUUGUCAGAAGUUGUAUUCACGUGCAGUAUCCCCACGUGUUCAGUUGUUACCAUUUCUCCUCUCCGUUCAUAUCAGUUGGUUGGGUCAGUUGACUGAAAGGUAUGACCUCUCGAACUGCAAAGCUGUUCCAAAAUGCAUGUGGUUAUUGUUUCAGAAACUUCUGUGACUGCUUCCUUGCCACAGUGCUCUCACAGCUGCUACCACAGCGUGCAUGCAAUUGCAAACAUAUUCAUGGGAAAACAGCUGUUCACUAAUGUGUUGAACACAAAAGGCUACAUGGAGGAGGGCUCUGUCUAUACACGGUGUUGUACCCUUGCAUGACAAAGACACGUAAGCUUCUCAAACAGCAGCAGGACAUGUUUCUCCUUAUCGCAUUGUGCGUGUGUAGCCUGCUCUUAUCACUCUGUUAUUGCCAGGUGAGGGGGUUACCUUGAUAGGCCAUUUUUUAGGUAACCUGGUCAUCGGGCACCGUAUCCUUUUGACUUUCAUUGUAAGAGGUGUGAGAACGGGGACAAAAACGCAUAAUUAACCAGCUGUCAUGUGGAACUGAACUUUAUCAGAGUCUCCCAACUGGCUCUCAUGCAGACGGUUGCGGACCCUGGUGCACUACCAGUAUUUUAUCUGAUAUAUGGGGGUAUGAAUGGGAUAGCGCAACCCAUGCAGUUAUGUAAAAUAUCUGACUGAAUUGCCAUCACUCGACUAGUGCUAGGUCUUUAUUUUUUAUCCUCAGACAUUUAUAUUUACUGACAUUAGCACAUUCAGUGUAGUUGCAGAGUUAGGCUAUGUGAGCCAGCCAUGCUUGUGUGUGUUAAGAGCGAGUGAACACAUGGUUGUCAGUGUGUGUGUGUGUGCCCCCCCACCUUAGUCUGAAGCAAUAUGGGUUAAACAGCACAAGCUACAGGAGCAUGCUAGAGCUACGGUUUGAAAAACAGAUUCCAGAGUUAGACAACUUCUUUUCAGCUUUCUAUCGACACAGACCCAUAGUGGAUCUUAUUCUUGUUCUCCUGUAGGGAUGUGAGGUCUACUUUUCCCCCCUUUUGAUUGUUUAUAUGCAAAUUUGUACAAAACGUAUUACAUAUCUUGCUACCCAGCAUUACAGCAGCAUUGUAUCAUGUAAAUAAAGACUGUACAGAGACAAUA